CUUAGGUAAUUCAUCUUCUCCUCCAAGAUUUAGCCCCCUUUUUUUCCUGGUCCAAGACAUGCAGCCUAGUGAGGUUUCAGGACUCCACUAUCUAUUUCCUUCCAAUCCAACCCCAUAUUCAGCGCAUUUUGGCAUGAAUCAUAGCAACACACCCACAUUUGAGUUGAACAGAUUCUCAAAUCCCCUGUAUAAUUUCUAUAUCCCUCCUCAAUUUCACGAAAUCAAUCCCCAUUCAUCAUGUGUUAGCAGCAACUCGACUUCGGAUGAAGCAGAUGAGCAACAACUAAGUCUCAUCAACGAGAGGAAGCAAAGGAGGAUGAUAUCUAAUAGGGAGUCUGCACGUAGAUCACGUAUGCGCAAACAAAGGCACUUGGAUGAGCUCUGGUCACAGGUAGUUUGGCUCCGGAAUGAGAACCACCAGCUUAUAGAUAAGCUGAACCAUGUUUCAGAGAGCCAUGACAAGGUUCUUCAAGAAAAUGCCCAGCUCAAAGAGGAAGCCUCUGAACUUCGUCAGAUGCUCUCUGACAUGCAAUUGAGUAGCCCUUACUCAACCUUGAGAGACCUGGAAGAUAUCGCCCUGGAACAUGGUUUAUCUGAAAACUGAGUCCUAAACCUGUUCAUCACAAAUUUUAUUUAAAAGCUAGGCCAAGACAGAGGCAACGGUCCUAUUUUUCCGUUUUCCCUUUUGGUUCUUCUGAUAGGCGGAAGUCAACCGG